AUGAUUAAAAAUAUUCCAAUUGGUAGAGCCAAUGUAGCUGGUGGAAUAACUGACCCUCUUCAAUGGUCAGAAAAUCUGCAGCUAGCUAUAAAUAAUGGUAGUCAGCUCACAAUAUUGGAUCCAAAGCUCCCAUUAAUUCAUCAAAGUAUCACCAGCUCAAAUUAUGGCGAUGGAUCAUCUUCAUUCACUAUGCUUGAUCCUAAAAAGCUUUUUGAUAUUAGCAGUAUAUUAGACUCGGAAAGCAUUGACAGCUUGAAUUUGAGAAACUUAGAUAAUAUUAUUAUUGAAUCUGCUAAUGAAAAUUUUAGCUUCGGGAGAAUCACUGAACCACUUAUAACCAGUCAUUAUUGGUCGCCGUUAAGUCCUACAUCUAAAGAUUGUUAUUUGGGUGUAUUAUUCAACACAUCUGAGUUGUUGAUUCUUCAAAGAUCUAAUCUCAGACCAAGUAACUAUGCGGUAAAGAUAAAUGUCUUCCAAGAAUUGUUAUCAAAGUUACAUCUACCAGAAGAAAGCUUUUCGGGUGGAGAAAUAAGUAUGAAUUACGAACAAUAUUUAUCUCUAAAAGUUCAAAGCUUUCGCUUCAAUCAAAUAACUAGUAAUAACGAGGCAAGACUCUUUUUGAGCUUGGGAUUGGCAAAUAAUAGUAUUUCAAUUUGUGAAUUAUAUACUGGCUUACCUGUUCUCCUCAAUAUUAAUAUUGGUGAAGCCAUUUUCAAACAUUCUUGGUCCCCGUGGUAUAUCAAAGCGGAGAAAUAUCAUAGCUAUCUCGUUGUAACCACUUCAACAAACUCAGUGAUUUUAUAUGAACUCACGUUCGAUCUGAAUUCUAAUUCCAUUGAUAGCUCAGAACCUGUAUGCUUACAGAAGAGCUCAAGAUUUUUGAUAAGUCAAUGCGACUUUCAUCAAGUAGGAAAUACCAUGCUUCUUAUGAUAACUAAUACUCAAAAAUUAAAAGUUUUCACGAUUGAUACAAUGAAAAAUAUUCGUGAGGCUAAUCAUGAUUUAUCUACAUCUUCAUUGGUAACAGGGACGUUCGAUGUCACAGAAAAUGAGAGUAUCUUGGAUAUAAAUAUUGCCUUUGAGACAGGGCAAUUUGAACUAGUUCAAUUUGAGUUAAAAACUGGAAAGCUCCAACCAAAGGUACCUCAUAAUAGCCUAACCAAAUUUGUAUCAAAAAACUUGCAUAAGUAUCAGCUUUAUAAUUCAAAACAACAUGAUGUAGAAGAAUCAGAAAAUAAUGCAACAACACCCUUCUUGAGUAACGUGGUUGAAGGCAAUUUUAUCAAUUAUUGCACAAGAUUGAAUUCAAAUGGACUUGUUUCUAUUAUUUAUAGAAUUUAUCCUAAGAACGUAUUGAACUACACAAUUUUAUCUAAAUUCGAAUUUAACAUUGGUUUCAUACCUAUAAGAGAAUUAUAUUCCCAGGUCGAAGGUAACAAGCUCUCAUGCACGUCUUUGAGCUAUUUAAAUCAAUUGUGGUUUAAUAAAUAUAAUGAAAUUCCCAAGUUUCCAAAGUUGAUUAGUGAUAAUAAACAAGACGAAAUAAAUACUUUUAAUGAAAGUAUUCAGAGUUUUAAGGCAAAUAAUUUCAUUGAUAUAAAAGAUGUCAUGAUUGAUAUUAGCAAUAUUGAAGAUUUUAGAAAGUAUUUGAUGAUAAAUUUUAUUGAAAAUGCUACAAUUAAAAAUUUACAAUAUUUGUUUAAUUUCAAUACUAUCGUAUUAAAAUCUUUGGGUAUUUUGACAUCUAGAUUUCCCGAUCUCGAUAAUUUAAGUGAAGUUAGUCGCCACAUUGACCAUGAGCAGAAACAAAUCGAAAAAAUCAUAAUAAAGCACCUAUGCAAGUUGAUAAUUUCGUUUGUAAAUCAAAAUAAUCCUCAAAUAACUUCGAAACUAGAUCAAUUCAUAGUUAUUAACUAUUACCUCAUUAUGUCAGAGACUGAUACAAAAUUUGAAUCAAAGUUCCCAAUAGAUGCAGAAAUUAAGCUAAGUACUAGAUUUUUUGAAGAAUCCUUCCGUGUUUCAAUCAAUGACAUUAUAGAAGAUGAUACUACGGAUAUGGUUACUUCCACUACUAAUCAUAAAUGGAGUAGAUGUAAAUUAACAUUCUUGCCAAUAUUGGAGUUGAAAAAUAAAGUGGAUGAAUUAAAAAUGUUCAACUAUAUAAUCUAUGAACAUAUGCCUGAAGAAAGCUGGAUGGCAAAUACGUUAAUGGAAACUCUAGAUUUCUGUAUAUACAGUGGAAAUAAAAAAUACGAGAUUAGUUAG